CACAGACAGCUGAAAGAUAGUCUGAACACACUUGGGCUGCCUUUAACUGCAUUAAAUACGGGACAUGCUCCUUGGGAGAAUGAGGAAAGAAGAAGACCAUGAAAUUUGUGAAGUAAUCAGAAGUGAUGAUGGCAUAGCUGAUGAAGAUCCCACAGCGCAAUGUCAGAAAAAAAAACACAAACUCAAAAUACCAAAAAAUAUUCCAAUUAAAAUCUUUACUAAACUCCAGAAGAAUUUCAAAUCUGAAGAAACUCUACGCCCCAAAACACAAUUAGAAGAAGACCAUGAAAUUUGUGAAGAAAUCAGAAGUGAUGAUGGCAUAGCUGAUGAAGAUCCCACAGCGCAAUGUCAGAAAAAAAAGCACAAACUCAAAAUACCAAAAAAUGUUCAUACGAAAAUCUUUACAAAACUCCAGAAGAAUUUCAAAUCUGAAGAAACUCUACGCCCCAAAACACAAUUAGUUGUGGACCGUGAUGGAUUUGAAGGCAUAGCAGAUUUCCCUGGUGAUACUGAAGAGGAAAAACAGAAACAUGCGAUCAAAAUGAAACUGAAAAUUCCAGACUUCAUGAAACGGAAGAAGAAUUCAAAAUCCCACGAAACUCUAUCAGUGGAGCUGGAUUUUACUGGAAACCUUGAACAGAACCGUCUGACUGAAGCACAGCAGCAGCUUGUGAAAGCUGAGGAAUGUCUCUUCGGUUCAAAUGAAGUGGCCAGGACAGAAGAAAUGGUGGACAAGCUGCAGACAGACUAUGAGUUCUUUAUUUUGCGACUGAGGAUGGCCAUCUAUGAUUCUUUCAAUGAGGACAAUCAGGAGACUCUCAAGAGUGCUUUGACUUCAAUACUUCAAGAGGAGGAACAAGAUAGACGCUGGGCGGAAGUGGCGGUGGAUCAGCGUCCAAAAUGGAGGCCCACAAAGUGCAGAGAGAUGCAUGACAAUUUACUCCAGACGGUCGUGGAGGAACGAAUGAAGACUGCAGAUGAACAGGAGAAUAAAGUAGACAAGCUGUCUACCUCCUUGAAGACAGAAGUGUGUCGAAUGGGCAAACAAGUACAAAAAGACCUGCUUAGAGUGGUCCAAAAUCUGAGAGAAUGUUAUCCACCAGACUUUGACAUUUGCAGAACGUAUGCUCAACUCUACCAUCAGACCUUCUCUACCAGACUCCAAGAGCUCGUCAGAUCCAGUAUUGAUUUUGAGGACUGCCACUAUAUAUUGAGUUGGAUUGUCAAUUACUACCCAAAAGAUGUAUUGAAGCACGUACAACUAGAGGAGCACAUUAACAACUCAUCGAUUGGACCUUUGUUACCUGAAGAAGAUCUUAAGAGAUUAGAGGAACAGUACUUCUCAUACAAAGAGAACGAGAUAAGACAGUGGUUAGUCACCGCUCUUGAGAAAGAAGUGAAAAACUUUUGUGAUGACUUUGAUCCAGAGAUCAUGGAUGGAUACUACUUCAGCAACCUUGCUGUAGAUGUUUUACCACUUGUUGAUGCAACUGUGAGAGAGGUCAACACACUUUUGGGCUGUGAAAGUAAAGCCAGGAGUCUUCUAUGCCAUCUUGGCAGAUUUCUUCUGAGCUAUAAGGCAAGUCUAGAGGAACUUCUCAAAAGAAAACAAGAAAACAUUCCUAAAACUCUCAGUGCUAGUCUCAAUAAUAUUUACCUGUUUAGGGAUUAUGUCCAAAGACCAGAACAUCUUUUCUCAGAUGACUCUAGAAAGGCUUGUCUGUCCACAUUAGCAGACCUAAAAAACAUCUGUCACGAAUACUUCCUCAGUCGAAUUCACUCAGAACUGAAGCCGCUGUACCGUAAGCUGUGGACUCAAGCCUGGUUUGCUAAACAUUCUGAGGUUGAGGAGGAGCUGAUGAAGGCGCUGGAGAAUAACAUAGAUCAAUUCAAAGAACUAAAGCCAGUCUGCCGAGAGGAACUGCUGGCCGAGCUGCAUGUAGAAGUAAUGGUUGAGUAUGUGAGACGAAUGAUGAAGAGAAAACUAAAACUGAAGAACAAAGAACAGCAAGAUGCAGCUGCUGAGUUCAUGUGCCAAGACAACAGUCAAAUCUGCUCUGUGUUUGCCAAAGUGGGAUCCAAAGAGGAAUGGCUCUGUCAAAUACUGCCAAAAUUAUCAGAGAUUCUGAGACUGCAGGAUCUUGGGAGUUUGCAAAUUGAGAUUGUUACUCUGGCAAGAGACUAUCCUGAUAUUAGUGAGCAGCAUGUUCUUGCUGUCCUGAACCUGAAGACCAACCUUUCAAGCUCAGAUUUGCGUAGGAUCAAAGGGUGUUUAAGUGAAAGCAGAGACAGAGAGGACACUGAGUCCUUCCCUUCCUUCUUCUCUAAAGUUCUUGUCAAACAAAAAAUCAUCUGCCAUCUGCCAUGUUAAUCAACUGUGAUACACAAUCAGUAUUGUUAUUUAAUAUUUAUUAUUUACAGCUCAGUGAUGUUUUCUCAAGGGAUUUACACUUUUCUCUAGCACUAAGGUCAAGAAUUAAAUAUUUAUUUAGAAUAAAAUGUGUAUUUAAUGAGCCGUAUUUUAUAAUUUGAUGAAACAUUACAAGGUGUUCAAAUGGAUGUGUUAAUGAUUUGAGAGCACUGAGCAUGUGUAUAAUCAGUUGAGAAAGCCUCAGAAGUUCUAAAAUCAUAAUGGUAAAAAAAAUCUCAAAAGGUACAGCCAUAUUUUUCUUGCACUGUGUUUUAGUUUUAUUCAAAUGUAUGUUUGGAGUAACUGAAUUGAAUGCAUGGGGAAGCAGAUACUUAGAGA